AUGAAGCCCAAUAACUGUACAAACAGAGAAACAGUCACAUCUGACUCCUCAUUCCUCCCCAUGCAGGAGGAGGUGAUGCACCUCCAUCCUCGUUUGCUCCCUCCGAGGGGCAGCCUUCUGCUUUAAGAUGCCCUCCCCGGCGCUGAGAAAGUGGCCCAAUCGCCCUCCUUUCUCAGUCACCUGAUUCAUGUACUGCCAUUUUACACACUCUCACACACAAGUUUGACUCAUAUAAAAAAAAAAAAAAAUGGGACACGGCCUAUCGACAACCUGAGCAAACACACACACACACACACACACGCUGGGGCUUUUGUAGGAAGAUGAGAAGGACUGGAUAGAACGGAGUCACAGAGGCAGCAGCAGCAGCAGCAGCAGCAGUGGUGGUGCUGGGUUUUUGCGGUCGGAUCUUUGCGCACAUUUGGAGGAGAAACCGGGUGAAAAAAAAGGAAGGAAGAGGAAACGACGGUGGUGUUUUAUAUCGUCUCGGCUCAUCACACGGGAGGAUUUGAUGAGAAUCAGCGGCGGAGCUCGCGAUUAUUUUUGGGAUACGAGACUCGCGUUAUCCCGCCGCCUCUUCUCGCCCUUGGCACCGGCUAUUUUCAGGGACGCAUCACCGUUUUUCACCUUUUAAUAUCGACAACGAUAUGAUUUUGUUGUGAUAAAUCAUAAAUGACACUUUUUUUUGUAGCUUUGUUUUUUAAAAACAGUGAACGCGACCCGAUGUUCCGUUUUUUUAGCGUAAAGACUGAAUAUCCAGCGGUUCAUCGGUUGGACGUGAAAGGUGUCAUGUUGAAUUUGGCCGACGCAUGAAUUCUCACACCGGAUCCUGGUCGGUGAAAGCUGCUGCUGCCCUCCUCAGCCUCCCCCUGCACCUCCUCUUUAGACGACCGAGUCUCGCAGAGGGCACCCCACCGCCCCCCCCCCCCCCCCCCCCCCUCCCCCCCCCCCCCCCCCCCCCCCCUGCCGCUAAAGACAUUUUGAUCGUCCUCCCCCACCCGGACUCGACCAUCACUCCGCCUGCCUCAUCCUCCACCACCACCUCCUCCUCCUCUUCUACUACUAUCACCUCCUCCUCCGGAACAUGUCGGGACAGUCUUUCACGGACCGGAUCGCCGCCGCGCAGCACAGCAUGACCGGCUCAGCCAUCAGCAAAGCCGUGUGCAAGGCCACGACGCACGAAGUCAGCGGACCCAAGAAGAAGCACCUUGACUACCUGAUCCACUGCACCAAUGAGCUGAACGUCAGCAUCCCACACCUGGCAGACACGGUGCUGGAGCGGACGGCCAGCAACAGCUGGAUAGUGGUUUUCAAAGCGCUCAUCACCACGCACCACCUCAUGAUGUACGGCAACGAGAGAUUGAUGCAGUACCUGGCCUCCAGAAACACGCUCUUCAACCUCAACAACUUUCUAGAUAAGGCUGCAUUACAAGGUUACAACAUGUCAACGUUCAUCAGACGCUACAGCCGCUACCUGAAUGAAAAAGCCAUGUCUUACAGACUAGCAGCAGUGGACUUCACCAAGAUGAAGAGAGGAGCCGACGGUGUGAUGCGCACCAUGAACACAGAGAAGCUGAUUAAGACCCUGCCUGUGAUUCAGAACCAGCUGGACGCCCUGCUGGACUUCCAGCCCAACUCCAACGAGCUGACCAACGGUAUCAUCAACACGGCUUUCAUGUUGCUCUUUAAAGACUCCAUACGGUUGUUUGCUGCGUACAACGAAGGCGUCAUCAACAUGCUGGAGAAAUAUUUCGACAUGAAGAAGAACCAGUGCAAAGAAGCCUUGGAGAUCUACAAGACGUUCCUGAACAGGAUGACCAAACUGUCAGAGUUUCUCAAAGUGGCAGAGCGAGUUGGGAUAGAUCAGGGCGACAGCCCCGAUCUCACACAGGCUCCCAAUUCUCUCCUGGAGGCUCUGGAGCAGCAUCUAGCCUCUCUGGAGGGCAGGAAGCUCAAGGACCUCUCCACAGCAAGCAGAUCCAGCACCUUGUCCAGUGCAGUUUCCUCUCUCUCCAGCACUGGCAUCUCUCUCAGCCGCAUGGACGACAAGACGGACGACAACAGACUGCAGCAACACAAGGAUGACGGUCAUAAGGUGAUUGACAUUCAGACGCCCACUGUGUCACCCAGCACCCAGUCGGUGGGCAGUGCCAACAGCAGCGGAGGAGCCACAGAUCUUUUCUCCAACUCACCCAUCGUACCUGUCAACAGCCAUGUGCCAAAUCUGACCAGUGAGCUGUUCACCCUGCAGCCAAACUUCACCCCCAUUCAGACCACACACACUGUGCCCAACAACAACAAUGCCUGGGGAGGUGACCUGCUUAAGCCAGUCCCACACACUCAAAUUCACAGCCCGGGAGUCCCGCUGCAUUCUGGGAAAAUGCUCCCAAACGACUUAGACUCAUCCUUAGCCAACCUUGUUGGUAACCUGCAGUUUGGGGGGACACCUGCUAAGAAGCCUGAGCUGCAGUGGAGUCAGCUGGUGGAGAAGAAACCAACAGGAGGAAGUGGCUGGCAGUCAAAGGCCAUGUGCACCAGCACCAACUGGACUCACACCACCCACCCCAUGGCACCUGCACCUAUGCCUGUUCCUCAGAUGAAUGGGAUGAUCUACACUGGUUAUGCUCCAGCACCAGUGGCUUUUCCUAUGACGACGCCUCAAGUGCCUGUGUACGGAAUGCUCCCUCCUCAGAUGAGUCAUCAGAUGGGGGGCGUUCCCAUGAUGCCCCCACAGCCUGUCAUGUACAACCAGCCUGUUCUCAGACCUUCUAAUCCCUUUGGACCCAUCCCUGGGACACAGAUGCACUUCAUGUAGAGACGAUGUCGUAACCAUGGCAGCAGAGCUGAGAGGGAGACGGGGGAGAAGAAGGAAGGAGACGGAGGAGAACACAUCCAGAACCAAAUCCCGGUGCAGUAGGACGAAAAGGUGAAGGCAGAG